UCCUUCCGCGCCUUCCCUAUGCCGCACAGCCUGACGAGAAAGGCUCGUCCCGUAGAGGCUGAGGCUGUCGCUGUCGUGAGAGGGAGGGCUCGGUGUGGAAGAGAUGAGUCGGACAAAGGGUGAUGAGGAAGAAUAUUGGCAUAGCUCCAAGUUCAAGGCUUUCACUUUUGACGAUGAAGAUGAUGAGCUGUCACAGCUGAAGGAAUCCAAGCGCGCAGUGAACAGCCUUCGUGACUUUGUGGAUGACGAUGAUGACGACGACCUGGAGCGAGUCAGCUGGAGUGGGGAACCUGUGGGCAGUAUCUCAUGGUCCAUCAGAGAAGCAGCUGGUACUAGUGGGGCCACCCAUGAGGGGCAAGAGCAGCUAAAGAGCCGGAACAACCUGUCUUCUUAUGCACAGCUACCCAAACCUGCUUCUACCUACUCCUUGAGUAGCUUUUUUAAAGGUAGAACUAGACCUGGAAGUUUCCAGUCCCUUUCUGAUGCUCUGUCGGACCCGCCUGCAAAAAGCUACGCUCCAGAGCUGGGAAGACCCAAAGGGGAGUACAGGGACUACAGCAAUGACUGGAGCCCCAGCGACACGGUGCGACGCCUCCACAAGGGAAAGGUCUGCUCACUGGAAAGAUUCCGCUCCUUGCAGGACAAGCUGCACCUCCUGGAAGAGGCAGUGAGCAUGCAUGAUGGAAACGUCAUCACUGCGGUUCUGAUUUUCCUGAAGAGGACCCUGAGCAAAGAGAUUCUCUUCCGAGAGCUUGAGGUGCGACAGGUUGCUCUGAGACAUCUCAUUCACUACCUUAAGGAAAUAGGCGAUCAAAAGCUACUUUUAGACCUCUUCAGGUUCCUAGAUAGAACAGAAGAACUUGCGCUAUCCCAUUAUCGAGAACAUUUGAGCAUUCAGGACCCUGACAAACGAAAAGAAUUUCUUAAGACGUGCAUUGGCUUGCCGUUUUCAGCCGAAGAUUCUGCACACAUUAAAGACCAUUACACACUCCUGGAACGGCAGAUCAUUAUUGAGGCAAAUGACCGACACCUAGAAUCUGCAGGACAGACUGAAAUUUUCCGAAAGCACCCCCGCAAGGCUUCCAUCCUCAACAUGCCGCUGGUGACGACGCUCUUCUACUCCUGCUUCUAUCACUACACCGAGGCAGAGGGCACUUUCAGCAGCCCUGUCAACCUGAAGAAGACCUUCAAGAUCCCAGAUAAACAGUAUGUCCUGACAGCUCUGGCUGCCCGUGCUAAGCUUCGAGCCUGGCAUGACAUAGAUGCCCUCUUCACCACAAAGAACUGGCUGGGUUAUACCAAGAAGAGAGCACCCAUUGGCUUCCAUCGAGUUGUGGAAAUUCUACACAAAAACAAUGCUCCUGUCCAGGUGCUACAGGAAUAUAUCAAUCUAGUGGAAGAUGUAGACACAAAGUUGAACCUAGCCACCAAGUUCAAGUGCCAUGAUGUCGUCAUUGAUACGUGCCGGGAACUGAAGGACCGUCAGCAGCUGGUGGCUUACAGGAGUAAGGUCGAUAAGGGAUCUGCAGAGGAGCAGAAGAUCGAGGCCAUCCUCAGCAGCACGCAAAUUCGAUGGAAGAAUUAGGUAGCAUUAGUUACCCUGAAAUUGGCCUCGCUUCUUCAUUUCCUGCUUGUGAAGACAGGCACAGCUCCUCUUGGAGUGAGCAGCACCAUCACAUCACAUGGAUCCGUCAGCAGGCAGUGCCUGCUGCUCCCAGGACAGAAACCAGCACCUGGGCAUGGGGAGCUGCAGAUUGACUUGCUGUCCGAGGGACAUCACCCAAGAGCCAGGCUUCGACUCACAAGAAAGAUUCUCUCCACCUGGUGCUCAUGUGAAGGUGGGAGUGAUUUGUGGGUUGGGCCUGUGUUGGGCUAAGAUUUCUCCAGAUCUGAGAAAGAUGACUGCUCCAGAAAGGAAGUCACCCAGACUAAGAGGUACAGAUGCCAACCAGGUGGCCACUGCAUUCCACUCAGUCAACUGGAAUCCAGGACUUGGUGCUAGACAUGGGCACCUCUGCUCUGAAUGAAUGACUGUACCUUCCAAGGAAAAUUACAAGCACAGCCAGUGGGGACCGUCACGCCAGGGUGCUAGUCCUCCUUAGGUGAAAGCCAUUGCCCAGCAGGCUAUGUUUUUGCUGCUCAGUCUCUGCCCAAAAGCAGGGUUCAUCUCUCACCUGCCCACAGAGAUGACCUCUUUUGUUUCUGUAUUUCUGCCCCAAGCCCCUAAUCUGAGAUUCUGCCAUGCUAAAG